UCCCAGUUCAUGUUGCUCAUUUGUUCAAUCAAAUCUAUGUAAUACUUUAUUCUAUCUCGUCACUGUGAUUCAAAAAAAAUAUCUGCAAAAUCCAAAAACAUGCUAUUUUGAUUCAAUUUGAAACCCUUAUUAAAGGUUCCUUGAAAGAUUCUCAAUAUUUGUUGCCAAGGCAGCAGCCCUAUGCACAAAGGCGGAAAAGAAGUUGAAGCUAGUGUAACUGAACUCGGAAGUUGAAGAUAGUACUUGUCUAGUUGUGUUUAUUGAAUAUCUAGCUAUAUGUCACUAAUUGCCAAGUGUUUCCUCCUUACGUUUAUCUGGGGGGUGGGGGCUGGUGGUGGUAAAAUUGAUGGAUCCAAUAACUUAUGCAAAACUUCUGUGUUGAAUUCUCCAUCUGCUGAGACCGACUGGAGUUUUUUAUGGACAUUCUAAUCGUGUUUUAAUUAUAAUUUACAAAACAUUAUGUAAAGAUCAUGGUACUCCUUCAAGAGAUUUGGUGAGAAGAAGGGUAUCUAGGGGGAACAAUUCGUCUCUGAGGAGCUUUGCAGACAACGAAGCUUAUGAUAACUUUAUGGGGACUCUGACGAAUGGCAUCAACGGUUCUAAUAACAAGGACAGGAGAAGAUAUAUGAUGUAUAUUGAUGACCUGGCAUAUGAGGAACUAUCAGAACUGGAGAAAAGAAUUGGCAGCCAUAAACUUGGGUCAUCAGAAAAAACCAUGUUAGAUGAGUUGAAGGCGCGGACUCUUAUUGAAUGUUCAAUGCCUAAAGAUGUAAAUCAGGAAACUGGAAUAUCCUCUAUAUGUUAGGUAGUUUAUCAAGGUUCAUUACAAAUUUUUUCAGCCAAGACAGUAGUGCUCAAAUUAUAUAAUGUACGAUUUUUCUUGUUUAUUUCACCGGAUGAAUAUGAGAGCCAGGAAAAAGUUACAAUUCUGAUGUGUGGUCAUGAAUACCAUACUGACUGCAUGAGACAAUGGUUGAUGGAGAAGAAUUUUUGCCCUAUAUGCAAGCGAGAUCAGCCCUAUGUUUGACCUUUGAAGAGGAUAUUACAAUCGAAGUUGCUCUUGCUACGUUUUGUUCUAUGGCGGAUCUGUUUAUUUAUUUCAUGUCUUGAUAAAGUUCUUAGGUUUUGGAAGAGGUGAACUUAUUUAAGGAUCCAAGGGAAUUGCCGCUAUAAGGUAGAAGUCUGAAACCUAGAAGUCUGAUUUCUUGACUAUUCAUGUCUUGAUCUAGUUAUGGCGUACUUGAGCAAGGAUCGUUUUCCUACUGGUACCUACAACAAGACGAAGUACACGAAGAUUGAUGCAUUCUCAAGAAGAUCUGCGACAAUGCUUAUGUUAUUGACCUCCCAGCUCAUAUGAAUAUCUCGUCCACAUUCAACGUCAAGGAUAUUUUUCCUUAUUUCCCCGGUGAUGAAGUUUCUCUUCCAACACCGAACUCGAGGUCGAGUUCUUUUCAAGAAGGGGGGCCUGAUGUAGGACAUCUAGACCAAGUCACCCCGUUUGCCAUGAAUGUCAUACCUCUUUCUAUUUCUAGUAUUGUUUCUUAACUUAUGAUUUCCCUAUUCUAGAAUUUAUUGGUUUCCUAGUUUAGUUUGAUUUCCCUUUUCUAGUUAUUUCCUCUUCUAGUUAUAAUACUUUUAGGAAAUAGUGAAGCCUAUGUAAGAAGGCCUAGUAUUGUAUAAUUUCUACACAUUCAACAUUAUUAUCUUAUUUGAUUUAUAUCAAAGAUAUUUUAUUUAGUUAUUACUGUUCUCUAGUUUUCUAUUGAUUUCACACUAGUUUUCAUUAUCUUUUGGUUCUUUAAUCCAAGUUAUACGCUUCCGCUACGUUAUAAUCUUAUGUGCUUACUGCUCUUCUGAGGAGAGUAACAUUCAGGAGAACUUUCUAAGAAUGAGGUAUUUCUUUACAAUUUACUGUUGUUAUGUUAUUUCUGGAUUUACUUAUGUUAUUUCUGGAUUUAGUAUCAGCUAGGCGGUGGGUGGCCUGGUGAAUUUCAAAUAGGGUUCUCCGUGGAUGUUAAUUUUUAUCUUUUGAUGUACUACAUGAAAUUUCUGAUAGUAAACGUUCCAUAUGUGCAUUCAGAAGCCAGUGGAUUGAUUAAACUUUUACAUUGUUUCUGCUCUUUUUGUCACAUAACAAAUGUCAUGUUUUUUGUGUUUCCGAAUCUAUCUUGUUGCAGUAAUAGUAAUCCAUCAGAAUUAGAAGGCAUUGAUGAAGAAGAACAUUAUCGCAAAUCGAUUGAUGCAAAAGAAUAUUUACGCGAAUUGACAGACGAAGAGUUAAAGCAUAUAACACCUGAGCAAUAUAUUAGAUUGAGCGAAAAACAGGAUGAGGAAGACGCUGCAAGGAUGGACAUGGACGAGGAUGGUGCUGUACACCUGUGGAUCCCCAGAUCAUGGAAGCGCUGUUUUGGUUGGGAAGAUGGGAAUGGAGAAGAAGGUCCAGGCUACAUGGUUGUGGAAGAUGAUGCAUGGUUUGGUGAAGAUGGGGAAAGAAAAAGAAAACAUGUUUUACUUUUCGAGUGUAUCUUUAUGCUUAUCUGGGGGUGGGGGCUGCUGCUGGUGGUGGUAAAAUUGAUGGAUCCAAUAACUUAUGCAAAACUACUAUGUCGGAUUCUCCAUCUGCUGAGACCGACUCGAGUUUUUUAUGGACAUUCUAAUCGUGUUUUAACCAUAAUCUAUAAAACAUUAUGUAAAGAUCAUGGUACUCCUUCAAGAGAUUUGGUGAGAAGAAGGGUAUCUAGGGGGAACAAUUCGUCUCUGAGGAGCUUUGCAGGCAACGAAGCAUAUGAUAACCUUAUGGGAACUCUGACGAAUGGCAUCAACGGUUCUAAUAACCAGGACAGGAGAAGAAUGAUGAUGCAUAUGAGGAACUAUCAGAACUGGAGAAAAGAAUCGGCUUGGGUCAUUAGAAAAAACCAUGUUAGAUAAGUUGAAGGCGCAAACUCAUAUUGAAUGUUCAAUGCCUAAAGAUGUAAAUGAGGAAAUUGGAAUCUGCUCUAUAUGUCAGGCAAUUUAUCAAGGAUGAAUAUGAGAGCCAGGAAAAAGUUUCAAUUCCGAAGUGUGGUCAUGAAUACCAUACUGACGGCAUUAGGCAAUGGUUGAUGGAGAAGAAUUUUUGCCCUAUAUGCAAGCGAGACCCUUUGAAGAUCUUACCGUAAAAGUUGCUCUUACUAUGCUUUGUUCUAUUUAAGGAUCCACCAUGUCUUGAUAAAGUACUAAGGUUUGGGAAGAGGUGAACUUAUCAAGGAUCCAAGGGACUUGCCGCUAUAAGGUAGAAGUCUGAUUUCUCGACUAUUCUUGCUGCAACCCCUCCUCAUCAUCUGGUAAUUAUACUUGUCAUAGAAGUGAAAUGUGUUUCUAAAGUUCUGAUCCUCGUUUACUUUCAACCAUGGUACACGAUUUAAGUUAUUGUAAGAAAACUGUAAUUGGAAACUCUAAUAGCUGUACUAGUUGUGCUCUUCAAUAUACCUUUCCUUUGCCUAGAGAUAUUCCUGUCAACUGGUAUAAUGGAUGAUUCAUUUAUGCUUGUUUUUGUUUUAUGUAAAAACUAUGCACAGAAAUGAAUUGCCUAUGUCUACUUGUUUUUUUU